GAGUCAGUCGGUCACACUCGAUGGCACAAGUUCACUGCCUUGUCAUCCGCAAGCAUGGACGGUGGUGGUGGUUCAUUCCUCUCCGGUUUUCAAUGCGUGUCUCUGGCUUUAGCUUUGAUACUGAAUAAUUCGGCCCUCUAUUGGUGACUAUUUAUGUUCAAGUUUCUCAGAAUGAAAGGUUUUUGUUUCUCAGUGAUCUAAAAUAUCCCUCCAAAGACUUUGUGAACCGACACAAUGGACCGCAGGGUCCCAUCCAUGCCGAGUGAUGAUUCCGUUUUUGUGACAGCCGUUCCGGCCAGGAUCAUUAGCUUCAGUGACCUAAGCCAGUCGAUUCAUGGGGACGCCAACAGUUGGUCACAACGCGGAGAAGCAAGUGGUGAUAUUGUUAUUAACGAUGGUAGUGACGACUACUGUGAAGAAAAAUCGAAUUCCGUUGACACAGUUGUCAAAACAAACGUAACAAUCGAUGUCCGACAACUCCAACGGUGCACGAGUGACCUUCACGAGGAAGCUUAUUCAACCUCAACCAAGUCACCAGAGAAUCAAUCCCCUGUGAAUCAAGAGGGAAAACAGGAGGACGACGAGGAGGACGACGAGGAGAAGAACGACCACUCACCAGAAUCAAGAUCGAGCAUGAUGAGCCACUACGAAGAAAUUCACUUCAGGUCGUCAAAUCAUACCUUGGACAAGCGGAGCCUUUCACACGGGUACGAGGAUAUCGCUCCCGUGGACACGGAGGCUAAUGGAUGGAGUCGACCCUCACUAAGAACACCUUCCCAGUCCCAGAAUUUCUUUCCAUCGGGUGACGAAGAGCAACCCUAUGAAAAUAUCGUCCUGAAUCAGUCAAGUUCACGCGGGGGUCCUCGUGACAGUCCGGUUGGUAGUCAUCCCAAUCCCAAUUCGCCUUAUUAUGAAACCAUGUUCGGAAUGGCCAGACGGUUCCCAUCCAUUCGAUUGACUCCAAAUGGGAAGAAAAGUCGAAAGCGGAAAACAAGUUUGGCUCAAUCCACGACGUCCAGCACCGAGGACUUUCCCCGAAGUGGUGGAAACAACAUCAGUCUUGAUUUUGAAACAUUGGAUGGGUUAUAUAGCAAGCCACAGAAAGCGGGUUGCCGUGUUGAUCUUGCCAGGUCAAACCACCUGGAUUCCGCCGUUGACGUGGGAGACGGAUCGGGCUCAUGUGUGCGACCAGCCCAUGCCAUCUACGAUAUCGUCAAGGGGCCUUCGUUGGCCUCAAUUCGAAGCUAUUUAUCGGAGAAACUCUCUCUAAAUACCACGAAGACCAGACCCAAUAGCAACCAGGUGUCUGCUUCGUCCACUCAACCCACACCCAAUUCACCUUCUCGUGUUACCACUGAUUUGCCCAAAAGUCCAAAUACGGUGAAGAAUCAUUUAGAUGGAAGCUCAACAUGCCCCUGGUGCCUAUGUGUCAAAUCUAGUCAGAGGAGACUCAAUUAUCAAGAAAGGUCAUCUGAAAGUGUGGGAGCGCGAAGUUCGUGUGUAUCGACGCCUUUCCUCUUGAUUGUCAUCGUCCUAUCCAUUAUCAUUUUCAUCAUAGCCGGGGCCAUUCUAAUCCAUCAGUAUUUGGUGGGACAUGCCAUCUGGGUGAGCGGAAACGUUACCAGAGCUCCCAACAACCAAUCCUCCCAAGAGAGUUUCCGUGCGCAAAACCAAUCUGAAACCCCUCAAGUGGGUGCACCGCCUGCACCGCCUGCACCGCCUCAACAGUCUCAACGCUCAUCAUUCCACGCAAAUACUCAAGGGAUCCCGUUAUUGGAUCAUUGGGAUCAUUGGUCAUCCUGGAGUCCGUGUUCGAGCCAUUGCCGGCAAAGUGGCGAGUCUCAAGCCCGAUCUCGUUCUUGCCUCGAUUCGAGUGGAACCAUUCGGGAAGAUAUCAAACCGUGUUUGGCCCAGGGGGGAUUGAAUAUCGAGAUUCGUCGAUGUUUGUGCAAUCAAUCUGAGGCUUUUCAAGAGCCACUUCGGGGUGGCUCUUCGGCGGGAGAGAGACUCUCUGUCCGAGCGAUUCGAUAUUGCGACCAUUGCACGGACAAUGAGGCUUGUGUGGCGCUAGCUGCGGAUUACUUCCCGGUGUGUCGCUUGGUCCAAGAUCCAGGUGAUCCCACCGGCUGUGGAGGCCUCUGCAGUCAGAGGGAGCAACUUUGCCAUCGACUGGAUAGUGAUGCAUUCAGAUGUGUGAAUGUUCGCCAAAGUCGCCAUUUCCAAAGCCUGGAAAAAGUCAAUUGCCUCCCGGGCCAUUUCCAAUGUUUCAAUGGCCAAUGCAUUCCAUGGUCUCAAAAAUGUGAUAGGAUCGGUGAUUGUCCUAACAGGGAGGACGAAGUUGGUUGUGAUCAUAUACUCAAACAAAAGGCCAAAGCUCAUGGUUCCAGAAAAGAGUCAGUGUUGUUUCAACCCGGAUGUCCUGGUUCGCAUUUAUUGUGCAAUGAUGGGGAAACCUGUUUGAACUCAGAGCUUUUUUGCAACGGAGUGGUGGAUUGUCCCGAUGAAUCAGAUGAACCAGACGGUUGUCAUGGAAACGAAGAUCAUAAAGACCUGGACUGGUUAUUAAGGCCCAAUAAACGCCCGGCAAUGAGUGAACUGGAAGAACAAGAUCUACUGGAAAAAUGAGAACAUCUGUCUUCGUUUGCACAUUCGCUGGCCGAGAAAUCCGCUGAAAUGAUCGUCAAUUACAAUUCCAGCAUGCAUUUGGAAUCUUAUUUGGAUCCUGAAUACAAUGAGGUGCUAAAAUAUACCGAGUUACGAGCCAUGUAUUUAAAAAAUGUCUAGCUUGUAAAAAAAUAACUCCCUUUUUGAAAUGGUUUU